AUGACCGAUAGAUUCUCGAGAUGGCCAGAGGCAGUAUCCAUCGCAUCUACCACAGCCGAUGACAUAGUCAACGCAAUCUGGUCGCCUUGGAUCGCCCGAGGAUCACAAUUCGAAUCUGCCAUCUUCGAUUCAUUCAUUAAAUUACUGGGCUGUUCGAGAGUUCGCACGACAGCGUACCACUCAGCUUCCAACGACAUCAUCAAACAUUGGCAUCGAUCGCUAAAAUCAGCCAUACCUUGCCACACCAACCAACAAUGGACUAAACUACUUCUAGUUGUUUUGUUAAACUUGAGAACCGCCAUUAAGGAGGAUAUCAAAGCCUCAGCAGCGGAAAUGCUUUACGGAGAAAGCCUCAGGCUCCCAGUUGAUAGCACCAAAAAACCACUGCAGCCAUCCUAUGAAGGACCAUAUCCAGUUUUUGAUAAAGUUUUCAAAGUCGCAGUCAAAGGUCAACUCAUCACGGUAUCAAUCGAAAGGAUUAAACCAGCCUAUUUGGAAAAUGGUACAAGGGAUUCAACGGACCCUAACUUAGAAGCAAAUCCUUCUACAUCAUCAACACCUAAGACCUACCUUGGUCCCAAAACUAAGAAGACUGUUACCUUUCCUUCUUCUACUUAA